GACUGGAUCAUGAAGCAGAUGGAGGUGCACAAGGAGGAGGAUCCGAGAGAAGCACUGCAUCGGCUCAGCGAUGAGGUCAACGACGAGCUGGGGCCAAAGUAUGCCUCCGAGUACGAGGAGGUCCAGCUGGCCGUACGUUUGGUUGAUUGGCUGGUGGCGACCGAAGGCUGCAACAACUUCAAGCCAGUCCAAGCCGGCAGGCUGUUGGCAAGUGGCCUUUGGCUAACCUUGCGGUCGCGGCUCCUUCGUGCGUGGCAAGACAUCUGGGGGGCAGACUCGGUAGAGCGAGUGGCUUUAGCUGUGUUGCGAAGGCUGGCGGAGCCCGAGGAGAUGGAAGUCGCCUCUCCUGCAGAGUGCGCUGGGUUACAGACGUUCCUGGCGCUCUGCGAGGGAGAGGGCGAUGGUUCCGCCGCACGUGUGCGCCUGUAUCCA